CUUUGCCCAAAUAACUUGAUACUCUUGAAUCAAACAGCCACUUUAUUACUCCUUUCACUUUAAAUGUUGGUCCAAAUAAUGUUUUCUUUUUUAGUUAUAAAAAAAACAAACAAACAAAAAAAACUCUUUCUCCUCCUGGUUGUGAAGGGUCACGCAGCGGGACACCCCCUGCCUGAAGCUCCGCUCCUUUGGACCAAACUUUUCUCCCGUGAGUCUCAGCGCGUCACUUUUGACUGUGCCUCAGCUCAGCCGGCGCUCGGACCCAUGAGAAAGACCCCUCCAACAUGAUUCCACCUGAUCAACAGGUUUCAUAUACUCAGCAUACUUCUGCCGCGGCUGCCGUCUGGGAUUACUUUUUGGCUCACAAGUGAAGUUGUCCCGGGCAGAAAUGGAGACAAAGUCUGUCCGCAGAACCGCUACUGGAGGAGAGGCUGAUCAGCUUCACAGAUGAACGGAAGAGGGACGCGGCAGCUCAUCAUGAUGGGUGAAACACGGCCUACAGCAAGGAAUACAAAUAACUGGAAGGCUCUUUAAGACGCGACUGGAGACUUGCAAGAUUGGCAGAACCUAUUAAGAAGCAGUCUAUAAAAGCAUAUCCAGACACGGCUACAUCCAAGAAUGAGGAUCAAAUACACAAUAUCCAUUGUCUUCUUUGUGGCACUUGUUAUCAUUGAAAAGGAAAACAACAUUAUCUCGAGGGUGUCAGACAAGCUGACCUUGAAGCAGACACCUCAGACCCCUCUACAGCCGAGUGGCUCCUCCCACAUGCUGCCAAAGCACAAUGGUUCCUUUACCGUGCUCAGCAAAAUGGACUCGGCCUUUACCUUGAUGAAGCGGCGUCUGGAAAACUACAGCGAGCACCUGGAUGUGACGACGAGUGGCAGGAAACACAUCCUACUGUUGGCCACUACGAGGACCGGUUCGUCAUUUGUGGGUGAGUUUUUCAACCAGCAGGGAGACAACAUGUUCUACCUUUUUGAGCCACUUUGGCAUGUGGAGAAGAUGCUGACACUGGACACCGGAGGGACCAACGCCACCGCCUCAGCCAAAGCAUACCGCGAUGUGCUCCAGCAGCUCUUCCUGUGUGACUUUUCCCUGCUGGAAAGCUUCAUUGAUCCGCUCCCGGUGGACCAUAUUACCACCGGGCUCUUUCGCAGGGAGUCCAGCAGCUCUCUGUGUGAGGAGUCUGUUUGCAGCCCCUUUAUCAAAGGUGUCUUUGAGCGCUAUCACUGCAAAACAAGACGCUGCGGCCCCCUUAACUUGACGAUGGCGUCUGAAUCCUGCCUGCAGAAGGAGCACAGGGCCAUCAAGUCAGUGAGGGUGCGUCAGCUGGAGACACUCAGACCUCUGGCUGAGGAUCCACGCCUUGAUGUGAAGUUCAUCCACCUCGUUCGAGAUCCCCGAGCCGUGCUGGCCUCACGCAUGGUGGCCUUCGCUGCCAAAUACAAGAACUGGAAAGACUGGGCACUGGGUGGCAGUGUACCCAUUGAUGAUGAUGAGGUGAGGAAGCUGAAAGGGAACUGUGACAACAUCAGGAUGUCUGCGGAGAUUGGCCUGAAACAGCCAUCGUGGCUGCAGGGACGUUACAUGCUAGUGCGCUACGAGGACAUCGCACGGUUUCCCAUGAGGAAGGCCACGGAAAUGUAUAGGUUCACAGGAAUCCCGUUCACUCGAAAUGUCAAGUCAUGGAUUCUAAAGAACACGCAGGCCUCCAAAGAGGCCAGCGGUGUUUACUCCACACAGAAGAAGUCGUCCGAACAAGUGGAGAAGUGGAGGUUCAGUUUGCCUUUUAAAAUAGCUCAGGUGGUACAGAAUGUCUGUGGACCGACGCUGAAGCUAUUCGGAUACAAAUUUGUCACCAGUGAAGAAAUGUUGACGAACAAAUCUGUCAGUUUACUGGAAGAUAAGGUGUUCAGCUCCUCAAUAGAAUAACUCACAAAAGUCUUAUUGAAAACUCUGGAAAGACUGAUAUUUAUAUCAGGGUCUCUCAUCUUAAUACAAAGAGAUAUAUUUUGUCUGAUAGUGUGUUAUUUAAAGUUUAUUUUUACCUAUUUAAAAUAGUUUGAUGAAGAUGGUGUAUAGUCGGUCGGGACAUAGUAAAUAAACUAAAGCAAGAAUGUUGAAAUUUGACACACGGAUAUGAUGAGAAGUUAGUGUAUCGUUGUUUUUGCACUCCAAAUGACUUUCUCUAUCCACGGCAAACUGUGUUUGCUUUGUGUAAAUUUCCUUCCUUUGUAAACUUUGGAGAGUCCUGAGGGGGAGAGUGUGGGCUUGCGUGCAGUAAAUAAGCUUCCAGACACUUCCAGCAUCCAGAUUUCUGCUGAAAUGGUGAUCCCAGCUGCUCACACCAAAGAACUUGAAACAACUAAAAAAGGCAUAGCAAAAAUAUUAAUAAUGAAAAAAAAGGAAUAGGGAGGAAACAGAAGUAUUUCCUUCGUUAAUUCUACAGUAAACCUGUAGUUUAGAUGAUACGUGCCAUGCUAACGUACUGUGUUUUAAUAGGAAGUCUUAAGGACUGAUUUUGAAUGUGCUCCACAGGUUCUUUUCACUCUGGACUGUUACUGUUCCCCACGUGUGUUUAGUGCUUUGCUGUUCAUGCAUGUAUCUAAUUGGCCAAAAAUUGUUUGAUGUUGUUCUCAGGAUUGCAAGGAGCCGUUCUGUAGAACAGAUGUUUACACUGCUACUGUACGCACGCAUUCCAACUGCAGCUGGUUUGCAGGAUUGUGCGAGGUUUGUCAGCAGGUCUGUGUCAGUUGACACUAGGCUCUUGGCUGGUGAUGAAAGGGGGCCACGAUGCUCCACGAUGAACCAGACUGUGUGGUGAUCUUCUAAUCUGUUUCUCUUUGCAGUUUUCGUUGUAACAACAAGUUUGUGUAACUUCCUCAAAAUCAGUUUGAUGUGUGAUGAUAUGCACUAAGCAAUGACAAAAAAAAAAAAAAAACAGGAAACAAAUGUGACAGAUCAAUGUCAAAAAUACACUGCAGAUGAAGAAAAACAAGGAAGUGAAAGAGUUCCUGUCUGAUACAUCUUAAAGCCACAUCGCCUCUGCCUUUUUCAUUGCAAUCCAUACGACAGCCGUUGAAAUCAUUAAAAGCUUCAAAUGUUA